AUGUCCAAGCAGAAGCGCGGCGAUGUGCUGAUGGCGGCCGAGACUGGAAGUGGCAAGACUGGUGCAUUCUGCUUGCCUGUGCUGCAGAUUGUGCACGAGACAAACACGCUGAUCGCCCACUCCAAGGCAGCAACAGCUGGGGCGGCUUCCUCCUCUUCCUCCUCCGCAUCACAAGUUACGAUGAGCUUGUCAGACCGCGAUGCCACCUUUGCCAUCGCUGAAGACGGGUUGCUCUGCCAGAGUCGCUCUGCAGACUGGGCUGGUGCUCGCGCCACCCAAGGCAUUGCCAAAGGCAAGUACUACUACGAAGCAACCGUCACUGAUGAAGGUCUUUGCCGCCUCGGCUGGUCGACGAUCACAGCCAGCCGUAAUCUUGGCACUGACAAGCAGGGAUUCGGCUUUGGCGGAACCGGCAAGAAGGCGUUCGGCGGCCAGUUUGAAAAUUACGGCCUUGCUUUCGGCGUGAACGACACGAUUGGCUGCUUUAUCGACAUGGACGCGCAUCAGAUCUUUUUCUCCAAGAACGGAUCUCGCUUUGACAAGGCCUUUGACAUUCCUACCCAGCUCCAUCGCAUGCCAUUCUACCCUGCGGCCGUUGUGAAGAAUGCAGAGAUGCGCUUCAACUUUGGAGCCCAACCUUUCAAACACCCAUGCCCUGGAUUUGAGGCUGUGGCUCGAUGCCCGCGCGAUCAAGCUGGCCAGUCGGCGGCGGGUUCUGCCAAUCAGAAAAAGUCGCCGUCGGCGCUCAUUCUCGAGCCAUCUCGUGAGCUUGCCACGCAGAUUUAUGAUCAACUUAUGCUCUUCAAGAAGUACCUUGAAUCGGACAUUCGAAUCGGACUGUUUGUCGGUGGUGUUGCUGCCAAGGACCAAAUGGCCGAGUUGCGACGAGGUGUCGAUAUUGCGGUGGGUACCCCUGGACGUGUCGACGAUCUCGUCACAAGCGGCUCGCUCGAUCUUUCCCGCGUCCGCUUUUUGAUCUUGGACGAAGCGGACGGCCUGCUUGCGCAGGGGCAUCGCCAGCUCAUUCAAAAGAUUUUCAACGGCGUGCCCAAGGAUUUGGACAAUGGCCGCCGCCUCCAAAUGAUUGUGUGCUCCGCCACGCUCCACUCCAACGACGUCAAGGCGCUGGCGACGGAUUUGAUGCACUUUCCCACUUGGAUUGACCUCAAGGGCAAAGACGCCGUGCCAGACACGGUGCAUCAAGUGUGUGUGAAGGUGAAUCCCGCCCAGGAUCUUGCCUCUGCUGCCAAGACUGCCGGUUGCCCCGAACGCGUCGCGAUGCAGACGGACGGCGUGCACGUGCGCGAUGCCCCGAAUAUUCGCACCCACCCCGAGAGUCCAGAGGCCUUGUCCGAGAAGGUGAAGAAGCUCAAGCCGUUCUACCUGCUCCGGGUGAUUGAGGCGCUCAAGAUGGACCAGGCCAUCAUUUUCUGCCGCACCAAGCUUGACUGCGACCAUGUUCGCGACUUUUUGCUGGCUGCUGGAGGCUCCAACGCCCUGGUGAAUGCCUACUCGUGCGUGUGCCUGCACAGCGAUGUCCGUGACCGUGAUGGUGCCGUCAAGCAGUUCAAGAAUGGCGAGGUUCGCUUCUUGCUGUGUACUGACGUUGCUGCCCGCGGCAUUGAUGUGACGGGGCUGCCGUUUGUUGUCAACUACACGUUGCCCGAUACGCCCGAGGUCUACAUUCACCGCAUCGGUCGCGUCGGCCGUGCAGAGCGGAUGGGUCUGGCGGUUUCGCUCAUCUCCGACGUGCCCGAAAAGGUGUGGUACCACACUUGCGCAAACCGAGAUCGCGGCUGCACGAACAGUGACUUGACCGAAAAGGGCGGCUGCACCAUCUGGUACGACGAGCCCGCACUGCUCCGGGGAGUCCAAGCGCAUGUUGGCGAAAAUGUGGCCGAGUUGACUGGCGACUUUGCCCUCUCUACGCAAACGCUGGCCGAUGGCAAGAUCGUGUAUGGCGAAAAGCGCGCAGCAGCGGGUGUGGACGAGUACCAAGCACACACCGCUCAACUCGCCCCUUCCGUUGUUGAGUUGGCUCAGCUGGAGGUGGACGCCCAGUACUCGUUCUGGAGUCUCAAGUCUCGUCAAUGGUAA